AUGAUCUAUAGCCAUACUUGUGAUCCCAUUAUAAUGGAGGAUCAUCAUCAACAUCAUAAUAAUGCAGGUCAACAACAACAACAACAAGACACCACUUUACUCUCUCCUCGAGGACAACAACAACUGUUACAGAGCAAGAAGAGACUUGUAAUAGACCUAAAUGGAAUCAAUCCAUUACAGAGCACUUUAACAACAACAAUAACAGAGCUGGGGUGUGGCGGCGAUGACCUGAGUAGAGCCAACAACAACAAUAAUAAUAUGAUGAUGAUGGACGAGAACGGGCUCAAGCGAUACGAGACUGUCUGCACACAGGUCACCGACUACCUGUUUAUGGGUGGCGAACGCGUCGCCGCCAACUUGGAUCAGCUGCGCAGCCAUGGCAUCACACAUGUACUCAACGCGUCAUUGCAGUGCGACAACUUCUUUGAGCACCAUCCAAUGCAACCAUUCAUCUACAGGAAGUUCCCGCUGCGCGACACGGCCGAGGAGGACAUUGGCGCCAUCUUCCCUGGUGUUAUCGAGUUCAUCGAGAUGGCACGACGCGCCAAUGGCAAAGUGUUUGUUCACUGUCAGAUGGGCGUCAGUCGCAGUCCAUGUCUCUGCACCGUCUGGACAAUGUACUCGAACCGCUGUUCAUUGCGAGAGGCAUCAGACUACAUCAAAUCAAUCCGACCAAUAAGUCUGCCCAACGUUGGCUUCCAGCUGAGUCUAAAGAGGUGGGCUGAGCGAGAAGGUCUACUACACAAUCCAUCAAAGCAGUCUUUGCCACCGCCAGACCAACAACAUCAAUCACAA